GCAGGUUGUUUCUCGCCGGACGGUUUCGAUUGUGACACACAGCGGAAGUGGCGCCAUUGUUGUGUGUCGUGGCUGUGAGCGGCUGUGAGUGUCUACUCUCGACUCUGCUGUAAUCUUCGCUCAUUCAGCUGCGCUCAUCUGUACACACACUCGAGGUAUUCCACGGCCUGGAUAUGUCCUUCAUAUUUGAUUGGAUCUACAGUGGUUUCAGUAGCGUUCUGCAGUUCCUGGGGCUGUACAAGAAGUCUGGAAAAUUAGUAUUCCUCGGUCUGGACAAUGCUGGCAAAACGACACUACUGCAUAUGCUCAAAGAUGACCGACUGGGUCAGCACGUGCCAACCUUACACCCCACGUGAGAGGAGCUGACGAUCGCUGGCAUGACCUUCACCACGUUCGAUCUGGGUGGCCACGCUCAGGCUCGACGAGUCUGGAAGAACUACCUCCCAGCCAUCAACGGCAUCGUCUUCCUGGUGGACUGCGCAGAUCACACCAGACUGGCCGAGUCCAAAACAGAGCUUGACGAACUAAUGACAGAUGAAACCAUUGGAAACGUUCCCAUCUUGAUCCUCGGCAACAAGAUCGAUAAACCUGAAGCCAUUAGUGAGGAGAAGCUGCGUGAGAUCUUUGGACUCUACAAUCAGACGACAGGAAAGGGCAACAUUCCCCUCAAAGAGCUGAACACGAGGCCCCUGGAGGUGUUCAUGUGCAGCGUGCUGAAGAGACAGGGCUACGGCGAGGGCUUCCGCUGGCUCUCACAGUACAUCGAUUAGAGGAAGAGGAAGCACCACACUCAUCCCGCCCUCACGACUCGACUCCCACAGACUGUUAUCGUUCAGUUCAACUGUUUCUCACUUUAUUUCAAUUCCAAACAAUGAAUCUUCGCAUUGACUUUGGUUUUAUUUACUCUGUAAUUAGAUGUUUUUGUGUCCGUUGAUCUCUUUCUGUUCAUCAGUGAAUGAUUCUGUGUGUGUACUCACGUAGAAAUGUACACAGCUUCUGAGUCAUUCAUGUCACAUUCUUUAAACAGGAAGUGCUUUGACUUGUCUCCAGUGUUUCGUUUCCUGUCGUCAGGCUUUGAGAUGAAGUCGAGACUGUGUUAAUGCGCUGAUGUGGCCGUCUUGAAUAGCAUAUCUCUUUUUGUUCUCCCAAAAAAUUAAAACAAUUGUACUGCCACAUUCAGAAAUUCAUUCCCAAAGUUCCUGUAAACUGAAAUGGACCAAUAGUUGUUUUUCUUUUUUAGUAUGAUUUGGAAUUGAAGACAGGCACGGCACUGAACCUCAGUGUAAUGUGUGAAUAUCAUCACAAGUGUCCGAUAGUUUGGGCGAGAGCAGAGCAUGCCUUUCACACAAACACAGAUGAUUAUGUUUAACUGCUAAUGACUAGUAACACGAUGAUGGUGAAAAGGGGACACACACAAGAUCGUUUGAAGCUGUUCGAUAGCUUGCCUUGAACAGAAGGGUGCAAGUGAGUGAAGUAAGGACAGCUGUUAAUCGAUGACAUGGACAAAAUGUAAUUUAUAUAAAUGACAUAUAUGGAUUUUUUUUAAAGCAGUCCUUGAAUAGCUCUUAAUUUGAAUAACAUGAAUAAAAAAAUAAACAUUCUGCAUGCCUUGUUCCAUGAUUAUUAUUAAUUUUUAUUAGUGUUUUUUUUUAUAUAUAUAAACACAAAUAACAUAGUGUAAACCAUCUAAACCGGGAUGAGAUGCCGGGGCGCAGUCUUCUAGACCUGUUUCUAUGGAGUCGCAGUGGAAUGGCACAUAAAUGUAUUUUAUUUUCUGUACUGUCCUUCAGUGUAUCAUUGUCAUUCCAUGAGCUGUUCCAUCUACGACAGAUACAGUUGUUUCCAUCAGAAAUUGUAAUAAAUGUUUGCAAUGAAAGCAA